AAUCUUCAUAUUCCUUUUAUACCCAAACAUAAAAUCCAAAUCCCAUCCGAAAUAGGAGAAUAAAAAAAAAAAGAUAUCUUGAUAUUAUAAAAGAACCGAUUUUCCUUUUCCUUUUUGUUUAAAAAUCCCCCCAAUAACAAAAAUUAACCCUUCAGCCGCUGCCGCCUCUGGACCUUUCCAAAGUCUCAAUCUCCUCCUCCUUCUCCUCCUUCCUUAGAUUUUUUUUCUAUUUUGAAACUUUUCUUGUUUUGCAAUUUUGCCUUCAAUUUUUCCAUUUGUUUAGGUUUUUUUUGUCCGUUCUUUGAUUUGCUUGAUCGAAGUUUUUUUUUUUUUUGUUAUUCUUCCAACGCUAGAGUUUUCGUUGCUGAGCCGUUCAAAUUUCAAUUGAAACUGCUCUUAUUUUUUUCCAUUAAAAAAUUAGGGUUUUUUUUUUGGCGCUGAACGGAUAUAUAUAAUAUAGAGAGAGAUGGUGAGUUCUAAGGGAUUGAGUGGUUCGCCGCCGUAUGUAGCCGCGCCAGUGAAGCAGUACGGUGUAACAAAGCCGAUAUCAAUGGCAGGUCCUACCGAAGCGGAUAUACAAAGAAGCCGUGAUUUGGAAAAGUUUUUGGCAGAAGCUGGCCUUUAUGAGAGGAAAGAAGAAGCUGCAAAGAGAGAAGAAGUACUCUGUCGAAUUCAAGAGAUUGUAACUGACUGGGUGAAGCAACUUACUCGUUUGAGGGGUUACACAGAUCAGAUAGUUGAAGAUGCAAAUGCUGUCAUUUUUACUUUUGGAUCUUAUCGACUUGGGGUUCAUGGACCUGGCUCUGACAUUGACACUUUAUGUGUGGGACCAUCCUAUGUUAACCGGGAGGAAGAUUUCUUCUUUAUACUGCACAACAUCCUGGCAGAAAGGGAAGAAGUUACAGAGUUACAGCCAGUUCCAGAUGCUCAUGUCCCUGUAAUGAAAUUUAAGUUUGAUGGGAUACCAAUCGACCUUCUUUAUGCUAGCAUCUCUCAUUUGGUUGUGGCUCAAGAUCUUGACAUCUCUGAUAUGUCAGUAUUGUGCAAUGUUGAUGAGCCUACUGUUCGAAGUCUUAAUGGCUGCAGGGUUGCAGAUCAAAUUCUGAAAUUGGUUCCAAACAUUGAGCAUUUUCGCACGACACUCCGAUGUCUAAAGUUCUGGGCUAAAAGACGUGGUGUUUAUUCCAAUGUGACUGGAUUUCUUGGGGGUGUAAACUGGGCUCUUCUUGUAGCUCGAGUUUGCCAACUUUAUCCUAAUGCAGUUCCUAGUAUGCUUGUUUCACGAUUUUUUAGGGUCUAUACCCAGUGGCGUUGGCCAAACCCAGUUAUGCUUUGUGCAAUUGAAGAAGACGAACUUGGGUUUUCUGUAUGGGAUCCUCGUAAAAAUCCUCGUGAUAGGACUCAUCACAUGCCAAUUAUUACACCUGCCUAUCCAUGCAUGAAUUCUAGCUAUAAUGUGUCCACAAGCACCCUUCGAGUCAUGAUGGAGCAGUUCCAAUAUGGUAACAACAUUUGUGAGAAAAUUGAACUGAAUAAAGCAAAGUGGAGUGCCCUGUUUGAGCCUUAUUUGUUCUUCGAAAGCUACAAAAACUAUCUGCAAGUCGACAUUGUUGCUGCUGAUGCUGAUGAUUUGCGUGCUUGGAAAGGCUGGGUGGAAUCUCGGCUAAGGCAGCUGACUUUGAUGAUUGAGCGAGACACUUAUGGAAAGUUGCAGUGCCAUCCUUAUCCUCAUGAAUACGUAGAUGCAUCUAAGCCAUGUGCCCAUUGUGCAUUCUUUAUGGGUUUACAAAGGAAAGAGGGGGAAAAAAUUCAGGAAGGUCAGCAGUUUGAUAUACGUGGGUCAGUUGAUGAAUUCCGGCUUUCAAUAAACAUGUACAUGUUUUGGAAACCUGGGAUGGAAAUCUAUGUAUCGCAUGUCCGUAGAAAGCAGCUUCCGGCUUAUGUUUUCCCAAAUGGCUAUAAACAUCCUUGGAAUCUGCGGCUUACUCCCUGCCAGCAGUCUGAUAAACUGUUGCAUGACAAUGGUGUUGCAUGUCAAACUGAAUCUGGUGCAAAAUGCCUUAAGAGGAAAACAGAUUCUAAUGGAGAAAAUAGUGAGGAAAGUAGGCUGGAGAAACGGCAAAGUCCUACUAGGAGUGAAUCAGUUUCUCCUGAGAUUAUUAGUUGUAAGCUAAGCAGCACAUCUUCAGGUUGUUCUACAUCAGAUCUAGAUGAAAUGAAUGGACUUACCGAAGGGAAUGCUUCAUAUAAUUCUAGCAAUAUCAGCUCUUGCUCACGUGAGGAUAUUGGCAAUGAAUCUACAGCAGGUAGCAGUGAAGUGAGCAAUGGAGUUGAUGAUAACCCAGCAUCUUCUCAGAGUGAUUUGUGUGACGAUUCAAAAUCUUCUCUGGAGGAUGAACAUGCUGAUCAGAACAGAGUAUUUCAAGACAGAUUGCUGCAUGAGUUAAAGCCAAAUACUGCGAUUGGUGUGGUUCGUAAGUCUAUGAAUGGAGUUGUGGACUCAGAAACCGUGCAGAAUCCUGUGAUAAGCAGGUUGAGUUUGACAUCAACAGCAUGAGAGAUAAUAAUUUAGAUGGGUGGAUAGUCUAUGAAAAUGUUGUUGCUCAGAAAAAAAAGAAAAAAAGACAGAAAGCCAGCAGUUCAGGUAAGUUUAAUUCUAGUAGCUGGCUUUCGUUUCUUUCUCUUUUUCAGGCACAGUGGCUGAAUCUAAACAUCUUUCGGGCGUGACUUUAGUUUGCUUCUUUGUCCAGUUUUUCACUUAUGUUGUGUGCUUUUCCUUUCUCCAAAUAGGGUAGAAAAGAGGAAAAGAAAAAAAAAAAAAGAAAGGGGGGAGAGAGAGAGAGAGAGCAUAUGUUUUACACAGGCAAUGAACUCCUGCAUUAUCUUGAAAUUUUUUUUUUAUUUGGACUUUGUUAAUGCUUUCCUAACUCCUUGGAAAGGUUCUAGUGUGAUAGUAUCAAAAGGGGAGGGCUGUCAUGUUCUUGAUGCAUCCUUUAGUGGAAUGGUUGAGAUGUGUAUUUUGUACAAACAAAACUCAGGUUCAAGGUGUAGUUUGGCUAA